AGAGCAGCCUAGAGAGAAGGACGACAACAGGCUGAAGAUAAAUCUAUAUCCACUCACUCUCUGUUACAUCAAAACAAAUACGAUAAUUAAAUGCAAAAUAAUUUCUGGUUCGCUUGAGAUAGAUAGUAUAGUAGAAAAUGCAGCGGUCUAUAGAAUUUCUAGACAAAAGUUGCAGAAAACUUUUAGUUCCAUAGAUUCUCAAAAGAGGGUACACCAUGUAGUAGAAGCUCAAACUUUUCCUUGAGAAAAUUUUGGGCUUUCACCAUUUGAAAAAUUGCAGGCGCAAUGUCUUUCUCUAGGCCUUGCUCUUCAGCGGAGCCCUCAGCUAGUUUCGAUGUCGACAAAAUGUUUGACGUUUUCCUGAGCUUUCGGGGCCCCGACACCCGCCAAAUGUUCGCGAGAUCACUGUACGCUGCUCUUUGUCGAGAACGAAUUCUGACAUUCUUAGACCAAGAAAUCUUAGAAAAGGGCGACCAUAUCCCUACAGGUUUGAGUCGAGGGAUCACAGAAAGUAGGAUCUGCAUUCCUAUUUUCUCGAUAAGAUUUGCCGAGUCGAAAUGGUGCUUGAGGGAAGUAUCGCUGAUGGUUAAAUCUGGGGUUAAAAUCUGUCCCGUGUUUUAUCGCGUUUCGCCUGUGGAUCUUCACUGUCCGGAUGGAAGUAAAUAUGCACAGGACCUCAAGAGCCAUGAAAGAGAGCCGAUCCUUGAAUACAAGGAGGCAUUAGAUACCGUUGCUAAUAUACCUGGUUGGUGCUCCAGUGAUUAUUCCGGUGACAACGAUUUGAUUCAAGAUGUUGUGAUCGAAAUUCGAAAAAUCUUACAUUCAAACAGUCCCCUGGAUGUUUUGGAUGUUCCAGAAUGUUUUGGUUUGGACAGAUCCGUGGAGCAUGUCAAGAGAUUGCUAAAGGCAGCUCAUCCUCAGCAGAAGAAGGUUAAAUUGGGUAUAUGUGGCAUGAGUGGUAUAGGUAAAACUACUCUGGGCAAGGUUGUUUGCAAAGAACUGUUCUCAAAAUUUGAAGUGUUUUCUUUUGUUCUUAGUGUGGGACAAAGAUGUCAAGAGGCGGAUGGGCUUGUAAAGCUGCAGACCCAGAUGCUCAAAGAUGUGUCAUACUUCAGAGGUGAAGUGGGUCAUGUUGAUCAGGGAAAGGGUCUGUUACAAGAAUGUCUCAGGGGUAAGAGAGUUCUCCUCCUCCUCGAUGACAUUCAAAGUCCUGAACAGCUUGAUGCUCUUGGAGGUAAUUGCAGUGACUUUGGGGCAGGCAGCCGUGUCAUCAUUACAUCGCAGGAUAAACAAAUUCUGAAGGUGGCUAAAGUUGAUGAAGUGUACAAGGUAAGGAGUCUUCCUUCCCAACAUGCCUUGCGGUUGUUUAAGUUCCACGCAUUUCCCGAUUCCUACCGUCCAGAUCAAGAACUGGAAACACUAUGUAAUGAUAUUGUUGCCGCCUGUGGAGGCCUUCCUCUUGCCCUUCAAAUCUUUGCGAAACUCCUGGUUGGUAAAGAGGAUAGAAAUUUAUGGAAGGAAAUGGUAGGAAAGUUAAGGUCCGAGCCUAAUAUGCAAAAGAAACUUAAAGUCUCCUAUGAUGCUCUUGAUCCCAAUGAAAAGGAAAUGUUUCAAGAUAUUGCUUGUUUUUUGACAUGGAAGAAGAAAGAAAUAGCUAUGAUCUUUUGGGCAGAGCCAAUUCGAAGUCCUCAUGCAUGUCUUAGAAGUCUUUUCCAAAAGUCCUUCGUAGACUUUGGCCCUAGCAACGAAUUGAUGAUGCAUCGGUGCCUCCGAGAUUUGGGAAGAAGUAUAGCUAAAGAGACCCCUGAACGCAGAAGACUAUUCGACGAGGAAGAUGUGACCGAUGUUUUAUGCCGGCUCGGGGAAAAAGCCAAGCAUGUGCGUUAUCUUUCGAACAAGCCCAAGAAGCCCACGACACUGAAGGCAGAAAUGCUCCAGUCACUGUACAACUUGCGGCUGCUUUGGCUUACAGAUGUUGCCAUAGAAGGACACUUUCCUGAGGAAUCUUCCUUGGAGGACUUGAGUUGGCUAAGAUUGAGAAGAUAUUCAUCAAAUCGGCUACCACGAGGAAUGAACUUGCAGAACCUUGUCAUUCUGGAAGUGACCAACAGCCAGAUCACCCAUCUGUGGGAUGAAACAGAAGAAAAUCCAACCAUGAGACCUGGGAAACUGAAAGUGCUUGUUUUGAGUGGAUGCGCAUCCUUGGUGAGCCUGCCUGAUACCAUGGGAAGCUGGACUAGCUUAGUUUCUCUUGACAUGGAGGGAUGCUCUGUUUUUUCUUUGCCUCAAGAUUUUGGGGGGCUUCUAAAUCUGCAGGAGCUGAAUCUCUCAUGCUGUCAGCAUCUAUCUAAACUUCCCACUAGCUUUGGGAAUUUGAGUCGGUUGCAAAAACUAGAAAUUCGCCACAAUUCUAAGCUUACUGAGCUACCCGAAGGCUUUGGUGGCCUGAAAAGUCUAGCUUUUCUCGAAAUGGAAGGAUGCUCUGUUUCUUCUUUGCCUCAAGAUAUUGGCAAUCUUUGCGAAUCUGGAGGAGCUGAAUCUCUCAUGCUGUGAACAUCUUUCCAAACUUCCAGCUAGUUUUGGGAACUUGACUCGGCUAGAAAGACUAGAAAUUCACCACAGUUCUAGGCUUACUGAGCUACCCAACAGCUUUGGGGCCUGAAAACUUUGACUUAUCUGGAUGUGAGCUAUUGUCGGCUGUUUGAUAAUGGAAUGCCAGCCGCAAUAUCCGAAUUGUCUUCACUAAAAGUCUUACAUCUAGAGGGUAAUGGAAUCCACCAUCUCCCUGGCGGCUUUGAAAAUUUAAGGCAACUUGAGGAGCUGCAUCUGGACGACUGCAGUGAGCUCUCCGUACUGUCGGCGCUCCCGUCAUCACUGAAAAUUCUUUCCGCCAGCAACUGUAUGAGUUUGCACACAUUCUCCUGCCUUCCGGGAUUGCCAAGCCUGCUGACCUUAGACCUUAGUAAUUCCUGCAAGCUCACCCACUUCCGUGGCCUCCAUUCAUUACAGAAAUUAACCACGCUUAAUCUGGUGGGCUGCAACAAUAUCUCAGAUUGUGAUACCCUCGUAAGCUCCUUGUCUGGUCUUACAGCCCUUGAGUCCAUUUAUUUUGGAGGGUCCCGCGUCUCAUCAGCUCAAUUGAAUAGAUUAUAUGAUGCUUUCAAGGUUUGCCCUUUCAGCGAAAAUUGUUUCAUUGAUAAUCCAGACACUACUGCAAAUUGGCUGCAUGGGGAGGCAGUUGGAAAGUAUGACUAUGAGUAUGAAAACAAUUGUACAGAUGACUGCGUAGAUGAGAAUAAAAAGUAUUGUGCAGGAUAUAUUGCCUGUUUACUCUCCUCAGGUCAGGUCCAUAAGGACUGUGAGGCAAACCCACUUAUUUAUAGGUUGAGUUACACGAUUCAUAGGGAUGAGAAUUCACGUCAAUGUCCAGUGAAGCAUCAAAGCUCAACUACAGUUGUUGGGGACUUUUUGGAAGUUCGUCUUGUACGAGCAAAUGAAAGUUCAGACUUUCCUUGGUUGAAGAGAGGUAAUAAACUGAAGGUGAAUGCAAUGUCUGAUUAUGAGAAUUGGAAGGCCUCUUAUAAAUAUUUAAUGCAUAACACCUGUUCUGCUUCUGCAAACUCCGAAGAAGACAAGAUUCCCAAAAUGAUCACUUUUGUUAUGUAAAACGAAUGACAUUGACAGGACUCCAUUAAAAAAGGUACAGGUAAAAUAUCAUCUGCAUUGCCAUACAAUUGCUUAUUCCAUUUUACCGGGGUGCACGACUGAAGUGACUGUAUAUUUCUGAACUUUGUUUAUGUAUAUACUGAGUUUAAAUGAGCUCAUGUUUUUUGUUUUUGUUUU